AUGAAAAAGAAAUAUAAGACAAAAUUCCCAAUGGCAAGAAUCAAAAAGAUAAUGCAAAAAGAUGAAGAAGUGGGAAAAAUUGCAUCUGCAACACCAAUUUUAAUUUCUCAAUGUUUAGAAUUAUUUAUGGCAGAUUUAGUAAUGAAAACAUGUAAAAUAACACAAGCAAAGAAAGGUAAAGUUAUAUCAGUUAAUCAUUUAAAAGAAUGUAUAAAACAAGAAUCAACAUUUGAUUUCUUAACUGAAAUUGUUGAUAGAAUUCCAGAUGAUAAAAAUGAGAAAAGAGGUAGACCAAAGAAAACUGAAGGUGAAGAUGGAGGUGAAGAAGAGGAAGAAGAGGAGGAAGAAAUGGAUAUGGGUGAAGAAGAGGAGGAAGAAGAAGAUGAGGAUGAUGAUGAUAGUGAUGAAGAAGAGGAAGAAGCACCUAAAAAAGGAGGAAAGGGUAGCAGAGGUGGCAAAGGUAGUAGAGGUGGUAGAGGAGGAGCAAGAGGAGGAGCUUCAACCAGAAAAGUUAAAUCUGAAACAUCACCUGUUUUAAAAAAUACAACAAUCACAACAACCACCGCAACAACAACACCAACACCAACACCAACACCAAACUUUGCAAAUUCCCCAAAAGAUAUUCAAUCAACAUCUUUAAAAAAACCAUCAGCAAGAAAAUCAAAUACAACAUCUCCAAAAUCAAGUCCAUUUUUAUCUUCAUCUGCUGGUUCAAUUCAAUCCCCACCUUUAAAUAAUAAUAAUAACAAUAAUAAUAAUAAUAAUAAUAAUAAUAAUAAUAAUGGUAAUUUCAACAAUAAUAAUAAUUUCAACAAUAAUAAUAAUAAUUUCAACAAUAAUAAUAAUUUCAACAAUAAUAACUUCAACAAUAAUAAUAACAAUAAUAACUUCAACAACAAUAGUAAUAAUAAUAAUAACAAUUUUAACAACAAUAAUUUCAAUAAUAACAACUACAAUAGUAAUGAAGAUGAGAAUAAUAAUAAUAAUAAUAAUAAUAAUAAUAAAAAUAAUAAUAAUAAUAAUAAUAGCAAUAAUAGCAAUAAUAAUAACAGAGGACAACAAUUUUUAUCAUCAUCUACAGCGUCGACCAUAACUUUACCAUCAAAUCAAUAUCAACCUUUGGCACCAAUUUCAUUACCAGUUUUGAAUAAUAGCAAUAAUAAUAAUAGCAGCAAUAAUAAUAAUAAUAAUAAUAAUAAUAAUAAUAAUAAUAAUAAUAAUAAUAACGAACAUAUACUUGGAAAUUUGAAUAAUAACAAUAGUAAUAGAAAAAUUAAUACAAACUUUGAUGAGGAAGAUUCCAAUCAUAAUAUAAAUAAAAGUAAUAUAAACAGUAUAAUGAAUAGCAGUAAUAAUAGCAUCGAUAAUAAAGAUAAUGGAUUUAAUUCAUUUACAUUUUCAAAUAAUAAUAGUAAUUUUAAUGAUAAUAAUAAUUAUAAUCCUAAUAAUCCUAAUAAUAAUAAUGAUAAUAAUGGAAAUGGUAUUGUUUUGCCAUCCCUUUCAUCAACAAAUUCAUCAUCGACUUUACCAUCAUUUUCUUCUGUACCACCAAUACUAAAUACAAAUAAUAGCAAUUCCAAUAAUAGUAUUUCACACAUUUUAAAUAAUUUAAAUUCAAAGAAACCAAAUGUUGAGGACGAAGAUUUUGAUUAA